AUGUCUUUUGUGGGAAAAAUUGAAAUAAAGCUUCAAGACUUGAUUGAAAAUCAAAGACAGCCGUCUUCAGAAGCUUUUGAAAAUGUAUUUGGCAAACAAAAACUUGAAAGAAUGCGUUGUCAUGGAAGAACUACAACACCGUCUCUUUUGAAAAGAAAUGAAGAAAUUCCAAAACUCAAAAAAGAGCAUGUGAUUGAGGUUAGACAAUUUAAUGACAGGAUAGAAAAGGUGGAGGAGAAACGUUGUCAAGAUAAGGAUAGAAAAUUGCAGUUGAUUCUUAAGAUCAUUUUGAAUCAAAACACCUCAGAGUUGAAUAUAGAGGCACUCGCAUCUUUGAUAUCAGCUCAUGCAACUGAUGCUAACAACGUCUUACGUUCUUCCGUAUCAACAUAUGCUGCAACUAAUGAUCAAGUCAUUGAUGAUAAUAUCAAUGAGGAAUUUCAGUCAUUUGACGAUGAAGAGACGUAG